CGGGGCCCGAGCGAGGGAAGAGGCCUCGGCCGCCGGACCUGCGGAGAGGGAGGGAGGCAGGUCCUUUCGAGGACCAGGGGGAGGAAGGAGCGCCCUUCCCAAAGACGAGCAGUGGGAAGGAGAGGGGUUCCACCCGAGGGCCGCAGAAUGGAUGAGUACCUCCGCUGGCUAAGGUGCAGAGCAGGGUGGUCCUCUGCUCCGGGAGAUGGGGAAAGCCUAUGGUUAUGAGGGGUGGUGAGAAGAUAAUUACGGGGAUAGGGAACCCCUUGUUUUCAGAAAUGACAGAGGAAUUGGCCAGGUGUCCUUUAAUUGAGAGGUAAGAGGAAUGAGGGCAGAAUCUUACCCGAGGGUCUUGACCUAGGAAUCGGAGGAAGGAAGGCUUGGCUGUCCAAGGAGCAGGGAAACUCAAAGCGAGACUUGUCACAGUGUCAAAGAGAACCAGGAAGUGGGGGUUUCCUCCAUGUCUGGAGACUUCCCAUUGCCUUAGCUAGUAUUAGGGAACGUUUUCACGAGGGCUUGGGCCUGCUGUUAAUUUUUCAGACUUAAUAAUAACUUGUUUUUCAUCUGUACUUGAUCAAGUCCAUUGAUUAGCUGCGUCCCCCUGCGUGUCUUUGGGUUAGUUUGGGCCCUGUUUUUUGGUUCCUUAAACUCUUGAGAGAUGACUUUAAAAAUCAUAUCCAUUGAUUCCUCCAAACACCUACAUAGAAGUCUCCAAUCUGAUUUAUAUAGAACUUCAUUUCCUCUGGAUACUUCCUGCAAAGUGGUUCUCUGUAAUCCUUGGGUUCGUUAUACCUGAGGUCACUCUGGCUCAACUAUUAAGUUCAUAACAAAGGGGUGGAUUUAAUUUAAGUUUUUUCUUAAAUAAUAAAGUUGCAUCUUGGGAGAUUUUUGUUUUGUUUUGAGUUUCGUUUGUUUUUUUUCCGUCCAGCAGUGAAGGUGUACACCUUUAAUCCCAGCACCAGGAGGCAGAGCAGGCGGAUAUGUUCAUUUUUUUUUCUUUUCCUUCUUUUCUUUUUUUCUUUCUAGACAGGGUUUCUCUGUGUAUCUCUGGGCUACCUAGCGAGUUCCAGACAAACCAGGGCUACAAGGUGAGAUGGCAAGGAAGUAAAGAAAAGCACAAAAACCUGGUAUGACCUCACCUAUGAUUCAAGCACCUGAGCAUCUGAGACAGGAUUGCCAAAAGCUCAAGGCCAGCCUGGGCUACAUAGUGAGUUCAAAGCUAACAUGGGAUACAGUGAGCCCCAGUGUCAAAAAACAUAACACAACAGCCUGGCAUUGUUAGGGAGGCAGAGGCAGGUGGAUUUCUGUGAGUUCGAGGACAGCCAGGACUAUAUAAUGAGACCCUCGCAAAAAAAUAAAAGCCAGGUGGUGGUGGUUGAUGCCUUUAAUCCCAGCACUUGGGAGGCAGAGGCAGGCAAGUCUUUGCAUUUGAGGCCAGCCUGGUCUACUGAGUAAGUUCCACAGCCAGAGCUACAUAGUGAGCCCCGUCUCAAAAAAAAAAAAAAAGUCUAUAUGUGUGUGGCAGGAUCUGUGUACCACCAAGUCCUUGUGGAGGUCAGAGGACAACCCAGGAUUUGAUUCUGUCCUUCCACCAUGUGUACCCUGAAGAUGAAACUCAGGUUUCCGUGUUUGACCACAAGCGCUUUGACCUGCUGAGCCGUCUCACCAGCACCCAUCCCACCAGGCACCACUCCUCCUUUCUUUGGGACAAAGGUUUCAUAAAGUCUCAACCUUCUUAUGUAACUGAGGGAGACCUUGAACCCCUGACCCUUCUGCUCCCCAAGUGCUGGUUUACAGACUUUCCCACUAUGCCUGGCUUCAUGCUCACUUUGAAAUUUUUAAAUUUAUUCUGUGUGCAUGAUGUUAGGAGGGUGCAUGUACCACGACGGUGUGCAUGUGGAUGGAGGUAGGGGACUUUAUGGAAUUGGGUCUCCUUUACUUUUAUAUGAAUGAGGUCUAGAGAUGUAACUCAGGUAACCAGGCCUGCAGCGCAAGCACCUUUCAAGAGUUUUUUUUUUUUUUUUUCUUGAAAAUAACUACAGAGCAGCCGCCCAUUAGCACCUGUCUAGAAACGCAGCUUUCUGUAGGCUGAACCAGGAGGAUUGAAAAUUCAAGUCCAGUCUUAACUAUCUCUUGUCUCAAAAGAAACAAGAACCCCCAAGUAACUGAGUGUGGGAUUCUUGCAUGCAAUUCCUGAGCUUGGGUCAUCCUCUGCUACAUAGUGAGUUUGAGGCCAGCCUUGACUGCAUGAAACCCUGUCUCCAAAACCCCAAAGCAAGGGCAACAAAAGUAGAGAAGCUCUUUUUUUGCAGGUUGAACUCACAUUCAUGCCAAGCCUCUGCCCUGAGCUGUACUCCCUUUGCAAUACUUCUUUCCACAUCAGUUGACUAAGUUUUAACAAAAUUUUGUCAUGUUUUGUAUGUUCUCAUAGAGUUACAGAGCACACACUGAUUUCACAAGGGAUAUUGCAAGGUCUCUUCUGUGAAGCACCCAUGGGACCAGCUCCCUCACCUUGUCUCAGGAGUUUGUGUUGUUAUAAACAAGGGGCAGUUUUCUGUGUACACAGCUUACAGAGAUGACUUUGCUGUAGUCUGCUGUUUGUAGUUGGUUUGGGGUUACUCACUAGAAAAAUGUGAUAUUUAAGAUAAUGAGAGAUAUUGAACCUAAACUUCAUUUACUAAAGAAUUAUGAAUCACCAUGUUGGUGUGGACUCUCUUCUCUGUUACUAAAAACAUGUUUUGUUUUGUUUCGUUUUGUAAGGUUUACUUUCUUAGACGGGUGUGGUGGUACAUGCAUUUAAUCCCAGCACUAGGGAGGCAAAGGCAGGUGGAUCUCUGAGUUUGAAGCUAACCUGGUCUACAUAGCUCCAGGACAGCCAUAGCUACAUAGAGAAACCCUGUGUGUAGGGGAUGGGGGUGAUUUACUUUAGUUUACUCCAACCUGAUAUAGUGAAUUUCAAGCUAGCAAAAGCUAUAUAGUGAGACCCUGUCUCAAAAAAAACCAAGACAAAAUAAAAAGAUAUUUUUGCUUUUUUUUUUUUUAAUGAAUAUUAGUGUUUUGCCUACAUGUAUGCAUAUGUACCACAUGUGUGCCUAGGGAGGUCAGGAGUGCAUCAGACCCCUUGGAACUGAAGUUAAGGUGGUUGUGAGCCCCUAUGUGGGUGCUGGGAAUCCAACCUGGGUCCUCUAUAAGAUCAACAAGGGCUCUUACCUGAUGAUACAUCUCUCUAGCCCUACUUCAAACUUUCAAGAGGCUACUAUUUCAGCAUGCAACAAACUCAGGAUUUCUUUUUGUUUUGUUUUGUUUGAGACAGGGUUUUUCUGUUGUAUCUCUGCCUGUCCUGGAACUGGCUCUGUAGAGAUCUGCCUGCCUCUGCCUCCUGAAUGCUGGGACUAAAAGUGUGUGCCACCACCGCUGGCAGGAUUUCUUAUUAAAUUGUACUGCAAAGCUGGGCACAGUGGCUUACAUUUGUAAUAACAUCUGGGAAGUGGAGGCAGGAGGAUCAGGAGUUCAAGAUCAUCCUUAAGCUAGGAAGAAGUGGCACAUGCCUUUAAACCCAGAAGGCCAAGGCAGGCAGAUCUCUUGAAUUCGAGGCCAACCUGGUCUACAAAUUGAGUUCCAGGAUAGCCAGGGCUACACAGAGAAGCCCUGUCUCAAUAAACAAACAAACAAACAAAAAGAUCAUCCUUAGUGACAUAGUGAUUUUCAAGGCCACUACAAGUAACCCCCAAAAUUAGUAACGUAUAAUUCCAACUACUCUGGAUGCUGUGGUAGUAGGCUCUCUUUGACCCAGGAGUUGGAUACCAGCCUGGUCAACACAGCAGAACCAUACCUGUGGGAACAAAACAGCCUGAACUUGAAGCUAUGCAGAAGAGCCUUCACAUCAAUCCUCAACAGUCCCCCUCCCCACACCCAAAAAAAAAGAAAGAAAGAGGGCUGGAGAGAUGGCUCAGCGGUUAAGAGCACUGGCUGUUCUUCCAGAGGUCCUGAGUUCAAUUCCCAGCAACCACAUGGUGGCUCACAACCAUCUGUAAUGAGAUAUGACACCCUCUUCUGGCCUGCAGCAGUCCCGGCCAGCUGACUUCAUGUGAAAGAUGGCUAAUGCAGAAGUGAGUGUCCCGGUAGGAGAUGUGGUUGUGGUACCCACUGCAGGAAACGAAGGCGAGAACCCUGAAGACACUAAAACCCAAGUGAUCUUGCAACUGCAGCCUGUGCAACAGGGGAUUUAUGAUGCUGGGUCGGAGAACAAUGCAGCAGUUGUAGCCGUAGAAACCCACACGAUACACAAAAUUGAAGAAGGAAUUGAUGCAAGUAGUAUAGAAGCGAAUGAGGAUAUGGAAAUUGCUUACCCUAUAACCUGUGGAGAGAGCAAAGCCAUCCUCCUCUGGAAGAAGUUUGUGUGUCCAGGAAUAAAUGUCAAGUGCGUCAAGUUCAAUGAUCAAUUGAUCAGCCCCAAGCACUUUGUUCACCUGGCUGGCAAGUCCACUCUGAAGGACUGGAAGAGAGCCAUCCGUUUAGGCGGGAUCAUGCUCAGGAAAAUGAUGGACUCUGGACAGAUCGAUUUUUACCAGCAUGACAAAGUGUGCUCCAAUACCUGCAGGAGCACCAAGUUCGACCUCCUCAUCAGCAGCGCGAGAGCCCCAGUACCAGGCCAGCAGACCAGUGUGGUGCAGACCCCCACCUCGGCCGAUGGUAACAUCACACAGAUUGCCAUCUCAGAGGAGAGCAUGGAAGAGGCUGGGCUGGAGUGGAACUCGGCUCUCACUGCCGCUGUCACCAUGGCCACAGAGGAGGGCAUCAAAAAAGAAUCGGAAGAAAUUUCAGAGGACACUUUGAUGUUCUGGAAAGGAAUAGCUGAUGUAGGGUUGAUGGAGGAGGUCGUCUGUAAUAUACAGAAGGAGAUAGAAGAGCUGCUCAGGGGCGUUCAGCAGCGGCUCCUCCAGGCUCCCUUCCAGGUCACAGAUGCUGCUGUUCUAAACAAUGUGGCACAUACAUUUGGCCUAAUGGACACAGUCAAGAGAGUUUUGGACAACAGACGGAAGCAAGUGGAGCAGGGAGAGGGCCAGUUUCUCUACACCCUGGCAGACUUGGAACGGCAGUUGGAAGAGCAAAAAAAGCAAGCUCAAGAUCCUAGACUGAAAUCCCAGACGGUUCAAAAUGUGGUACUAAUGCCUGUGAGCACCCCAAAGCCUCCAAAAAGACCCCGGCUCCAGCGGCCAGCCUCCACCACUGUCCUGAGCCCUUCUCCUGUCCAGCAGCCUCAGUUCACUGUCAUCUCACCUAUCACCAUCACCCCCGUGGGGCAGUCCUUCUCGAUGGGCAAUAUUCCGGUGGCUACACUCAGCCAGGGCUCCAGUCCUGUGACUGUCCAUACGCUGCCUUCUGGCCCUCAGCUCUUCCGCUAUGCCACAGUGGUUUCCUCUGCCAAGAGCAGCUCACCAGACACAGUGACCAUCCACCCUUCAUCGAGCUUGGCACUGCUAAGCUCCACCACUAUGCAGGAUGGGAGUACCCUGGGCAAUAUGGCCACCAUGGUGAGCCCUGUGGAGCUGGUGGCCAUGGAGUCCGGCCUGACUUCAGCAAUCCAGGCUGUUGAAAGCACCUCGGAGGACGGGCAGACCAUCAUCGAGAUUGACCCGGCCCCAGACCCUGAGGCUGAAGACACUGAGGGCAAAGCCGUCAUCUUGGAGACAGAGCUGAGGACUGAGGAGAAAGUGGUGGCUGAAAUGGAAGAACACCAGCAUCAAGUCCACAAUGUGGAGAUUGUGGUCUUGGAGGACUAACUGGGGAUGGGGGCCGAGAGCUAUGUUUUGGUUUGGGAUUUUAAUUAUGUUUAUUUUUAUCAUUGUCCCACUCAUUUCCACAUAGAACCUUUUUUUAAAAAAACAAACAAACUACAAAAUCUUGUUGUAACUGACAAUGUUGGGUUCCUCCUACCCCCUCACUGGCAAAUGGACAGAACAAGCUACCUUUCCAGAAGUUAGGAACAGGUCAUCCGGUGUCCUACUCAUCUUCCCCCAAGGAAGGUAUUGCUUUUAGGGGAGGUGUCAAAGUAACCAAGAACCCUUUCCAGAAUAGUCUGUUUGUAUACACAUGCAUGGUUUCACUCUUGUAAAGAUGCAUUGACCAAACUCUGGAACACAGACCUGACACCGGAAGACGACCAGCUCUCGCGUGGAUACAGAAAUGCACUUGCCUCUGUAUCCUGGAUAUGGCCUCAGAGGCCAAUGCAAAACUCUGAAACAAAAGGAAGUUGAACUCUGCUUAGAGCAGAGAGCAGCAUGCCAUCAGCAGCUUAAAACGGGAAGUCCUUUGACAAGGAGGGGGCAAGGAAUGAUCUUCCAGAGGUGCAUCCGAUGCCUCUCAAACUCUUUGAGGGUUGGGUACCGUUUUGAGAAGAGGCCAGUAAUAUACAGAAGGCCACACAGCAAUCAAGGGAUUGUCACAGCUGUGCAUUUGGGAUAGCUCACCUUGCCCCCAGCCUUGUCAAAGCGCUCACCCUCCUCACCGAGGAUUAUUAGUCCAUUCCUUUGCAGACUGUGAUGUGGUGUAAAUUGCUCUAGUUCUUGGACUGUGGCUAUCAUGGGGUGGGGCUCCAAGCCAUCCAUCAUAUUGGUUUCUUGACUCCAGGAAUGGCAGAGUUCCUCAUGCCGACCAGCUGCUAUUUCCGGGAGCCCUGCGUACAAGUGUGUGUGGUGUGGUGUGGUUUUGGUGUGUGUGUGUGUACAUAUUUUGGCUUUGGAACCAAAAGCAGUCACUCACUUGGUGCUUCCCCUUCUCUUCAUCCUGCAGUCUCCAGAUCCCAUGCUCUGCAGCUUUUGGCUGAUUUGGAGAACAGGGACAGGUGCCUGCCUGCCUUCAUUCCCUGUGAGAGUCACUUCUGUUUAUGCCGCAGAUGCUUCUGGGAGAUACCGAGCUCAUAAAAAGGCUUGGGCUUGGCAGGGAAGACUGGAAACACCCCUAGCCUUUCCUGAGGCAUGGACUAGAAGUCUCCUGAGUGAGCAGGACUCCCUGGGAAAGAAACUGUGUCUGUCACAACUUUGUCUGGGGUGGGGGCUUCUUCCCAAGUGCUGCUUGUCCAUUUCGACCUGGGUCACUUUCCACGCGGUGAUCCUUUCUCUAGACCCCUUUUCAGUGUUGGGGAAGAGUGGACAGUGUGAGUUCUUUAAUUAUAUUGCUUACUGUACUAGGGAAAGCAGACACUCUACAGAUGACUUAAAGAGUAGCCAGAAAGGCACACAGCUUAGGAGUUAGAACAUUUAUUAUUUAUUAUUAAAAGUAAAAUUUUGACCUUAGUUUCUUUAAAAAAAAAAUUAGAGAAGGAUGCCUACCUAAACCCGUCUUCCUACCUGGAGGUUUCAGACACUAUACUCAAAUGAAAACGUCCUUCCAUCUCUUAGAUGGCCAUAUAUAGCCAGAGAAGCCCUCAGGUCACUCUGAAGACCCUAAGUGUGUUUCAGCUUUAAAGCUGGACUUUUCAGAAUACUGAGUUGGGCUGGGGACAGAGCUCAGCUGGUAAAGUGCUCACCUAGCAUGCAUGAAACCCUGGCUUCAGUCUCUACCGUGAAAUAAACGGCCUGGGGGUGGGGUGGGGGGUCGGCACAUGCCUUUGAUCCUUGGGAAGUAGAGACAGAAGACUCAGAAAUUCAAGGUCAUUCUCAGCUCUGUAGCAAGUUCAAGACUAACCUGAGAUACAUAAAAUGCUGUCUCAAAAAAAAAAAAUCUGUUUUGAACAAGCUUUUGGUCCUUUAUACAUUUUUAGUGAAGGAACUGGAAUUGAUUUCCCUGCUUCCUUAGGUUUUCUGUUAAUACAUAAGAAUUUUUAUUACACUUAUUUAUCCGUGUGUGUGUGUGUGUAGUGGAGAGCUUGCUAUGGUGUCUGUGUGGAGGUCAGAGAACAACCUGCAGGAGUCUCCUUCCAUCAUGUGUGUCCUGGGGAUUGAACUCAGGUUGCCAGGCUUGGUGGCAAGCACCCUCGUCCUCUGAGCCAUCUUGCCAGCCCUAAAAGUUCCAGGCUAAGUCUGAAACUAUUACUUGAACCUAGAAAGCCACAUAUUCUUGUGCUCUUUAGGUCAUUUCUCUUUCCCAGAGAUGAGAGGACCAAUUCAGGACAAGGGAGGAGCCCUAGAGAAUAGAGACAGUCCUGCUCAGGUCCUUCCUUUUGCUCAUUACAGCUGUUGGAGAAUAAAGGUCGUGUGAGCACCAUGCUUCCAAAGUCAGAUGUCCUUUUGAGACAGAGCCUGUUUACUUUAAUCAUUCUGGCAGGUGGAUUACAUGAGCUUUGCUGUUUUCCUGGUCUUCCAAAUGCUGUCGUUGCUAGCUGCUGUGGUACUCGUGAGGAAGAGAUCUCUCACCCAUGGUCUAGAUUAUUUCAGAUGGGGUGAGACCCAUGCAAGUUACUGAUGUGUGAAUAGGCAGUUGCAAUGAAAUUACUCCUCAGGCUGACUUGAUGGUAGCUAUCUUUUCUCUAGCCAUUCAUUAAAUAAACAUUUGUAAGUAC